AUGGCAUCUCCUAGCCAGACUAAGCCUUGGGGCGAUGACGGGCUCUAUGGACUCGUUUCAAAAUGGCCUGUUGCUCUUGACCUGGCAGGUUCGAACUCUCCUUGUCGUCUCGAAGGCGAAAUUGCAGACCUCGUCGUUUUCGGUGAGAUUCCAAAAGAAAUCAAUGGGACAUUUUACCGCGUGAUGGUCGAUCCAUUUGUUCCUCCCGAUGAAGGCAACGUACCCAUUGACGGCGAUGGAAAUAUUUCUGCAUUCCGAUUUCACAACGGCCAGGUGGACAUGAAGAUGCGAUACAUUGAGACAGAACGUUACAAACUGGAGCGUCAGGCAGGCAAAGCUUUGUUUGGCCUCUAUCGAAAUCCUUUCACGCAUCAUCCUUGUGUUAGAGCAGCUGUUGACUCUACUGCCAACACGAAUUUGGUGUAUUGGGCAGGGCAGCUACUGGCCUUGAAAGAGGUGGCUCUUCCUUACGCCGUCGAUCCUAAUACUCUCGAAACGACCAGGUAUGACCCGUUCGAGGGUCAGGUGCAGUCCAAGACAUUCACAGCCCAUCCCAAGGUGGAUCCCCGCACGGACGAGCUGGUUGUUUUCGGAUAUGAGGCCAAGGGUCUGGCAACUCUGGAUAUUGUGACCUAUGCUCUGGAUAGUAGAGGGAGAAAGACCACAGAAAUAUGGUUGAAAUCGCCUUGGUGUGCUUUUAUUCAUGAUUGUGUGAUUACAGAAAACUUCAUCGUCUUGUUCCUGUGGCCAUUCGAAUCCAAAAUGGAAAGAAUGAAGCAAGGCAAACAUCAUUGGGCCUGGAAUUACGAUCUCCCUGUUACGUUCCUUGUCGUUCCCCGUCGUCCGGGAAGCGCCGCAAAGUACGGCUGGAAGGAUGGGGAACAUCGCGAGUAUUCCUGGACGAAUUGCAUGCCGAUUCAUACCGCCGGCGCAUGGGAAACGGAGGAUGGAAAGAUCUACGCGGAAAGCUCUCGGGUGCAUGACAAUGCCUUUCCCUUCUUUCCACCAGAGGAUGGCAGGAUGCCAUCACCCGAGACCAAGGCGGAUUUUGUUCGAUGGGAGUUUGACCUGAGCAAGCCAACCGGCACCACCAUCCCGGACCCAGAGGUUGUUCUCGAUCUUCCUUCAGAAUUCCCCCGAAUCGACGAGCGACUCAUGGGUACUCGAUAUGAUUGGGUUUUCCUCAAUGUCUUUAUCCCCCAGAACAGUGAUGGAAGAAAGAAUAUCUUCCAAGGACUAAACGGCCUAGCCAUGCAUAAUAAUCGUACAGGUGAAACCCGGUAUUUCUAUGCUGGUGAUGACGCCCUUUGCCAGGAACCUAUCUUCAUCCCACGCUCCGAGACGGAAGCCGAUGGCUGGGUGAUGACAUUGGUUGAACGACGGGCUGCGAAUCGAUGCGAUAUUGCCGUUAUCGACACCCAGAACUUUGAGAAGCCGGUGGCUAUUGUUCAACUUCCAUUUCAUGUCAAGGCCCAGAUUCACGGCAACUGGGUAUCAGCCUCGAGAUUAGAGCCAGGUAAGCGUCUGGUCCGACAGUAUGAGGAAGUCAAAAUCAGUGGCAAGGGUGCAUUGGAGCCGUUCAAGGAUGAGGGCCGGGGACGACUCUGUCGUAUUCUUUAG